AUGGAUACCUCCCAAGUCGUCGAGCCGGGCACCACCCCGUUCGCGGCGCUCGCCGCGCUCUUCUGGCUCCGGAUCACCGGCGCCGCCGACGGGGAGCGGGAGCUCACGCUGGCGCUGGACUUUCGCAAGCGGAUGUAUGCGCCGCUGCCGUUGGGCUACUACGGCAGCUCCGUCCACUUCACGCGCGCGCGCGCUGACCUCGCGUCCGGGCUGCCCGCCGUGGCCGCGGCGCUGGACCGCCACGUCGCCGGCGUGCCCGAGGAGGAGCUGUGGCGCGCCCUGGAGUGGCUCCACGUGCGGCGGCAGCAGCCGCAGGAGGGCGACGCCGCCGCGCCGUUCCAGAUGUACGGGCCGGAGCUGACGUGCGCGGCGCUGGACCACGUGCUCACGUACGGCGCGGAGUUCGUGGCCGGGGUGCCCCCGGCGCGCGUGUCGUGCCGCGUGGGCGGGGCCGCCGGCGAGGGGCUGGUGCUCGUCCUGCCCGCGGCCGAGGGCGGCGAGGCGAGGGACGUGGUGGUGACGCUGCCCGCGGAGGCGACGGCCAGGAUCUGCCGCGACGCCGAGGUGCUCCGGCACGGCGCCGAGGUGGUGUUCGGGGCGAAGGCCGGAAAGGAGGAGUAG